CUUCUUGUUGAGCAUCAGGGAGCGACGCAGCGACGGCGGUCGAUGAUAGGGCCGUCGACGUCGAGGGGGUUGUUAGCAGGUUCCGCGGCGUGCCGGCAGUAUGAGUAUCUGGCGUCCAGGUGUUUUAUGUGUCGCGCAAGGGAGACGGCGACAAUAGCGCCGCUCUUCGAGGUGCGACGAUGGAGCUCGACGAUGACCGACGAGCGGGCGCCGUCGUCUUCCAAGUUGCGCCUGGGGAGCGAAGAGGCGGGUAUCAGCGCAGUACCAAAAGUCACACUGUCGAAGGGAAAGGAGAAGGCAGUUGAUACAGGGAGAGGUCACAAGGACGGGUCACUUGACCAGGAACUUCUGAGACGUUGGGGCAAGCGAUACCCUCUUCUCAAUGGACCACAGCUCAAUAUGAUGGUAUCGCUCGAAAAUGCCGCCCGGGCGCGAUCGUCAGGCCACCAACGCACGCCGGCGCAGCUGGCCGAUCUUCACUUUGACCUCGUCCACGAAGGCAGGGACGGAGGCGAGCGCGGCAAGGAGGUCGAGCCAAGCGUGGGCUCCUUCACGUAUGUGCUCAAGUACGCGCACGAGCGAAGCGACGACAAGACGCUUAGGCAGAUGGGGCAGGAGGCCAUUGCGUGGCAGCAAAGGCACCAGCAGCGUGCUCAGCGGGUCGCCGAAGGGCCGGGCACGACGCCAGUAAGGCAGAAGGGAGAUGACCUCAAAGCCCUCGUUCGCAACUUGCGCCUCUCGCUUGCCGUUCGGACGCACCAAUUCCACAUCAGGGGAGGGACGCUGGAGAGAAUGGGUGGAAUUAAAGUGCCAUCGGCGCAGCCGAGGCUGCUGGCGGACGACGAGCACUUCGUUCACUCCCGGCUGCUUCGGGCAAGGAUCAAUCCUCUGCGGCUGCAUGGACGCACUACGGAGGUUGAAGAUGAGGAGGGUUUGGAGGACCCUGCGCAGUCAAGGGUGGGAUCGUUGAUCCGAUCUUCGCGUCCUCGCACGCAUCACUCAAGGCGUCUGCAGCGCUUCUUUCGGCUCGCGCAGGGGACGACAUUACACGACGCUAUGCACAGCACCGAGUCUAGAGGCCCCUCUGUCCCCACCAAAUCCGUACCGGUCUCGAAGCACCAGCGAAGGCUGCUAGAUAUCAACAAGCGUCGCCAAAGGCAGCAGCAAGAACAGGCGGUUUCUGAACACAACCGAGCAAGAGAAGGGUCUAACAAUGCUACGGCCGAGCUCAUCUACGAAGCAUUCAAGCACGAUGGCUCCGACUCGCGCUCAGAAGCCAUCAUCGAGGAUCUCAAGCGGUGGGAGGAUGAGGUUAGCCGCAGGAGAGCCAUCCGGCGCCGAGUUCUGUUCGAUCUCGACAUGCUGCGUCAGUACAGGGGGACGACCACAUCCAACCUGAAGGGUCUUGAGCAGUCAGCGGCCCCUUCAGACCAAUCGAGAGAGGACGUCGUGCCCGCGUGGCUCCUUCUCUCUGCCCUCAAGGUCUGCGCCGAUCGCGGGCAGGUGGCGGAGGCGGACCGUCUCGUCGAGAAUUACCUUCGCUCUCUUUACGACGCGCGACGACGGAGCUCUGCCCAGACUCAAGAGGACGAGAAAGCAGCAUGGGCCUCGCUCGUGCCGCGCAACGCCAAGACACACGCCGUGCAAGAGGCGAAUCGCCCACCAAACGGACCUGUGCUGCUCAAUUCGAUCCUCCGAGCCGCCCUUUCGAGUGCCCAUUUGGAGGCGUUUGAGGCGAUGCUUGACAUCAUCGAAAGGUGGUGCGUUGGCAGCGAAGGGCUGCUUGCGGAGCUCUGUCCGAAAAGGCCAGCGUCAGCGCAGCGAGCAGGGCACCCGAGGUGUCUGACGCCGGACGAGACGUCCGUCCUCCUGCUCAUUGAGGCAGUGCGGACGAGGCGUAAGCGCGCCGAAAUUGGGCACGAUGUCGUCGAGACCUUUGUCAAGCGGUGGGGUCCGCCUACGGGCGGUCUCAGGAUCUCGACACGAGCGACAAGAGGUCUUAUCGGAUACGCUCUGAGUGCGAACAGGGACGCUGACAUAAGGUCGCAAUGCAUAAGGAAGCUGCUGGAGUCCCACUUGCAGUGGGUCAAGACGAGCGACGAAAAGGAGUAUCCAUUGCCUCUAGGCGAAGUCAGUCACUGGCGAGGGGCCGAAGUGUACCGCUGGAAGAAUCUCAUGAACAGGCUCGUCAAGCUCAAGCUGCUGAAUAAAGGCGAGGCCGUCCACCUCUCCUACGGCCGCACACCCAAUACGUGGAAGUCCGCUCUGGCGACACCUCAGACCUGACGACACCACAUUGAAAGAAUUUGAUCAAAAAUCUGUUGUAUUGUAAUGUCCAUGUUGUGCUAGAGA